UAUGAAAUUGGGCCAAUGGUAUAUAAUGAGUUAAAUGGAUCUGAUUUUGGCUUGAUCCAAGUAACAAAUGGAAACAUAAAACCAACAGAAAAGAUAAGAAAUACAGAUUCUGAAAUACAUAAAGAACUAUUCAUAAUAG